UCAGGUGUGCAGCUGAAAGUCGGGGGGGGUGGGGGUGUCUGCUGGCGUUGUGCAGAUGGAGCCAUGAAGCACCCGGAAACUUUUUUCGGCUCUGGAAAACUCACAUCUCUGUGAUUGUGUGCGUCCGGGGAAGCUUGGUUGCAAGACGAUACCAAUCAUUUGUCCUGAUUCCCCGGGCUGGGAGCAGACAAACUGAGGGGGACGGGACCAGCAAACCCCUCUAUCAGGACCUGAUCUAUUUCCACAAACAAUUUAGUGUAUUCAUGAGGUUACGCAAAUGUGGAGGCAGCAAAAUUACCGUAAUCAGUUGAAACAGCGAGUGCGCAUCCAUGGCUCUGAUUAUUUGGAGAUCAUCUAUCAGCCUGAUGUCUAUGUAACGAGGAAAGGGGGGCACUGAAUUAAUGCUGAGUUUCACCGAGAAGUCGAUGAUCAUUGGGCGAGGGAGUUUGGUCAGUGACAAUAAGGCUCCUUGGUUAAGUUACGGAGGUAUUUCACUAAACAUUAGAUAUCUGACUCUGCUGUGUUGAAAGGUGCUGUUUGGAAACUAAAGCCAACACUAUUCAGACAAUCCACGGUGCCACAUUCUCCGUAAAAUCCCCCCUUUAUUAUUUUUUUUCUCUCCCUUUUUCCACCUGACAAAAGGAGAAAGGGGCGGUCGGGCUGCAGGUCUUAAAGGAUAAACUGAGCAUGGAGGUCAGGUACAACCAAGAGACAGAAGCCAUGGUGCUAAAGAAUGGACUAAAGGACGGGAAAGAUGGCAAAGAUGUCCAGAGCAGCUUGUCCAAAAGCUUCCUGAAGGAGCAGCAGGACUCCUUUUCCCCCUCCGGGACCAUGGACAGCUGCGAGAAGAACAGGGGGAGCGCAGGAGACCCGGACUACUGCCGGAGAAUCCUGGUCCGAGAUGCUAAAGGCUCCAUCCGGGAGAUCAUCCUGCCGAAGGGUCUGGAUCUGGACCGGCCCAAGCGGACUCGGACCUCCUUCACUGCAGAGCAGCUGUACCGUCUGGAGAUGGAGUUCCAGAGGUGUCAGUAUGUGGUCGGCAGGGAACGCACCGAACUGGCCCGUCAGCUCAACCUGUCUGAAACUCAGGUGAAAGUCUGGUUUCAGAACCGGCGCACUAAGCAGAAGAAGGACCAGGGGAAGGACUCGGAGCUGCGUUCGGUGGUUUCGGAGACGGCUGCGACCUGCAGCGUCCUCAGACUGCUGGAACAGGGUCGGCUGCUGACGCCUCCAGGCCUGCCAGGCCUCCUGCCCCACUGUGGGAGCAGCACUCUGGGCCCUGCCCUGCGACCUCCCUCCAUGGCCGUGGCUAGCAACGGCAGCAGUAGCAGCAGCAGCGGUGGCAGCACCGGCACGGCGGGUGGCAGCCCUCCACUACCCACCGUCACCAGUACAGGGACAGUUUCUAGCCUGCAAAGCUCACCAGCGGCCCACGGGCUCUUUAGCUUCCCCAUGCCGUCCAUACUGAGCGGCGUUGCCUCCCGUAUUUCCUCCAAUCCCAUCUCCAUGGCCGGCUCGCUGGCUGGGAACCUGCAAGAACUUUCUGCACGUUACCUGAGCUCCUCCGCCUUUGAGCCUUACUCGCGGACCAAUGGCAAAGAAACCAUAGACAAGAAAAUUCUGGAAUGAUGCUGUUUUUGAUUGUAGUUUCGAUUCCCAUCUGGUCUGGAUGCAUUUAAUUGUUUUCUUGGCUGUUACUGUCUGUUUGGUUUUGUCUGUCAUCUGUCAGUGUCAUGUUCUGUAGCAGCUCAUGUAUUCCUUCACACCUGGCGCCUUGUACAAAGAAAACAAAGACCAACGCAGGCUCACCCAACAGAUACAGGAAGGCCAAGCGAAGAUUUGCACCACAUGUAGAAGUAGGGCAAACAUGAGGAGAGCACUGAGCUGUCUGUCAGGGUUCCUGUUAAAGAAAUCUUUAGUCUAUGAUUCCAGAAAUGUCUCUAGAUUAGAGGGACGCUCUGUGCUGCAGCAGCAGGGUAUAGUCUCAGACUGGUGGCAGGAUGGUCUUAACGGUGUUUUAUCUUUGGAUUGCGCUGGGUGGAUGUGUGAGUAAACAUAGAAAAAGAAAGCAAAAUGUUGAACUCCAGAUCCAAUCAGCAAAUCAGGACGUUGGAAAGAAGGAGCGAGGCUAAUUUCUUAGCGAAGUGCCUCUGUCACUGCAAGGUCACUGCAAGGCCUGCCCAUGUUUUAACAUUCACUAAAACUCAACUUCCAAAAGAUUUAUUUCUUAAAUUUGGACCAAAAAAUACCAAAACAUGAGCCAGAAUCAGAGAGAUGAUUGUUCACUGUUGUUUUCUCUUUGGUUCAGUUUCACUUUGGGGUAUUUUUGUAUGUUAUGUGUUUUUAAUUUUACUGGAUGGUUUAAUUUCUCUGCAGGAACCACUCAUAUGAAUGAGUUGUUAAUUGGAGAAUUUAGCUUUUCAGCAUUAGAAUAUCAGUAAUUACCAGACUUCAAGGUUUUUAAAUCAUCAGAAUAAUAUCACUGCCUUUCAUGUGAACAUUUUUUAAAAUCCUCAGAUUUCUGCAGAACCAACGGCGUAUUGUAUAAAAAUACUGAACUGAGAAUUGUACGUUAAAGUUGUUAUUUUAUUGUAAAUUAUUCAAUUCUGUAAUUAAUAGAUAAUUAGUAUAUAUGGAAAAUAAUGAAGGAAUGAAUGUAUUAGUGGGGCUGACGAAUCAGUCGAAGCUCUUUGGUGCUGUUGUCGUGAAAUAUCUUGAAAUUUGUGAACCGUGCGGUACAAAUGUGCAUAUAUAUGAUGUUUAUGGCUACAGACAAAGACAAGUGUGUUUUUCAUUUUCUUUUAUACAUGUUGCUAUGAAUGAAGUUAUGAUAAAUUUCAUGACUGUUAUACC